CCAAGUAAUUUAAUUACCCUACAUUGCAAUAUAACACCAUAAUAUUUUAUUAUUUAGACAAAAGUGGCACCUGUUAAGUAUUUUUUUAGGUUUGACAUAAAAUAACCAUGUGGAGUAUAGGGCACAAGAAGGGGCCAAAAAAAGUCUUAAUUAUCCAGAAAUUUUCUUCCAGAAUAUGGACAGGAUUCUCCUUAAUAUACAUAUGGAUAAUACUUCAAAAGCUUCUUGAUCCGGCUAUUAUUCAAGAGCCUAUAAGUACAUCAACCUUAUCAAAAUUGCUGAAAAAAAUUCGAUUUAGAUGGACCAAAACGGAAGAUAACAGAAAAGCUCUUAUGGAAUCUUAUGACAUACGAUUGAAAAGGAUUAAAUAUUUAAAGCAAAUUUUAAAAUAUAAAGAGGAAGGCCGUAAUACUGUAUAUACUGAUGAAAGUUACAUACAUAGCAGUCAUACAAAGGACAAAGGGUGGUUUGAUAAAAGUCGACAUGGAAUUAGAAAACCCAUUUCCAAACGACAGAGACUGAUAAUUCUUCAUGUUGGAGGAAGAAAUGGUUUCGUAAAUAAUGCUGAGAUUACUGAUUUUUCGCUCAGGGUCAAAAAGCGGAGACUAUCAUGAUGACAUGAACCAUCACAACUUCAUGAAAUGGCCGAAAAUCAGUUAUUUCUAAAUUUACUACCUAAUUCCGUCCUAGUAUUAGACAAUGCAGCUUAUCACAAUGUGCCUGUAGUCAAGAAUGUUACAUCUGGAAGUAAAUAGCAGGAAAUAGUUGACUGGCUCAAGGAACGUAAUUUUACAUUUGAUGCUAAACUCACCAAGACAGAGUUAUAUGAAAUAGUGUCUGAAAAUAAAAAAAGUAUCCUGUAAAAACCAAGUUGGACGACCUAAUGGAAAAGCAUGGACACAUUGUGUUACGUUUGCCUCCAUACCACCCAGAGCUUAAUCCGAUAGAAAAAAUUUGGGCAACUGUUAAGAAUUGGGUGGCAAGCAGAAAUUCCACUUUUAAAUUGGCGGAUGUCGAAACUUUGACAAGGCAGAAAUUUGCGGAAAUUUCGAAUGAUGAGAGAAUAAAUAUUUGCAACCAUAUAGACAAUAUAGAAAAACAAUAUUUCGAAAGUCAUCACCUUUUUGAUGAAGCAUUGGAUUCUUUAAAAUUUACAGUAAAUACAGACUCAUCUGAUGAAGAGAUCGAAUGGUCUUUAUUGGAUGAAUCUGAUUUAGGUUGUAAUACACUAUCUGAUAGUGAAUAAAAAUAUAUAAUAUGUAAAAUAAUGAAAUAAAACUUUAAGCUUAUA